GGGAUGUGCGCCUGCUCCGGCGUCUCUCCACAGGAGGAGCGGUUUCAUUCAGUCGCUGAAUGAAGGAGGGAGCGGAGGGAAGCAUGAACCGAUAGAGGGACGAUCCUUGCAAUCUAUAAAAACGGAUCCCGACCCGGGGAUUGGGUUUUAUUCCUCAAUAAGGAACGGAAACGGUUUUGGAUGCCACCUGUUACUGAGUCGACCCAGCAGAAUCCAGCCAAGGUCCAUCAGUAAAAAUGGCAACCACAUCCCAGCCCAACCUCGGCCUAUCCCGCUGCUCCUCCUUGCUCCUCCUCAUCCUCUCCUUCCUGGUGCUGCUGUCAUGCCCGGAGUCGGUCGGAGCAGGUUCUGCAGAUAAAAACUGUACAGCUGGUGGAGACCCCUGCCAGGAAGGCGUGGUCCUGCCUGUGUGGAACCCUCAGAAUCCAUCCGUGGGCGACAAAGUGGCGCGCGCCAUCGUUUACUUUGUGGCUCUCAUAUACAUGUUCCUGGGCAUGAGCAUCAUAGCCGACCGAUUCAUGUCUUCAAUUGAGGUCAUAACAUCCCAGGAGAAGGAGAUCACCAUCAAGAAGUCCAACGGCGAGACGACAACAGCCACAGUCAGAAUCUGGAAUGAGACCGUUUCUAAUCUCACUCUGAUGGCUUUGGGUUCAAGCGCUCCAGAGAUCCUGCUGUCCGUGAUCGAGGUCUGUGGACACGGUUUCGAGGCCGGUUCUCUGGGUCCUAGCACCAUCGUCGGAAGCGCCGCCUUCAACAUGUUCGUCAUCAUCGCUUUGUGCGUUUACGUGGUUCCUGACGGAGAGACGCGCAAAAUUAAACACCUGCGCGUGUUUUUCGUCACGGCAGCUUGGAGUAUCUUUGCCUACAUUUGGCUUUACCUGAUUCUGAGCGUCUUUUCCCCUGGAGAAGUGGAGGUUUGGGAGGCGGUGCUGACCUUCCUCUGCUUCCCGCUCUGCGUGGUCCAGGCCUGGGUGGCCGACAGACGCCUGCUCUUCUACAAAUACGUCCGUAAACGCUACCGCGCCGACAAGAACCGCGGCAUCAUCAUAGAGACGGAGGGCGGCACUGACGUGGGGAUUAUGGGCAUGGAUGGAGGAGGGGGGUCGCUGGGUCCAGGGGGCUUCACCAAGAUGGACAUGCUGGAGCUGGACGGGCAGAUGGCGCUGAACUGCCACAGCGGGAUCGACGGAGGCUUGAUGCUUGAAGGCGGAGCGAAGGAUGACGAGGAUGAAGCCAGGAGGGACAUGGCCAGGACGCUGAAGGACCUCAAGCAGAGGCACCCGGAUAAAGACAUGGAGCAGCUGAUUGAGAUGGCUAAUUAUCAGGUCCUGAUGCAGCAGCAGAAGAGCCGCGCGUUCUACCGUAUCCAGGCAACAAGGAUGAUGAUCGGGGCGGGCAACAUCCUGAAGAAGCACGCCGCUGACCAGGCUCGCAAAGUGGUGAGCAGCAACGAGGGUCAGGCGCAGGAGGACGACCCUCACACCAUCAGGAUGGAGUUUGAACCUUCCUUGUAUCAGUGCUUUGAAAACUGCGGGUCCUUGAAGCUGACGGUCGCCAGACGUGGAGGAGACCCCGGAGUCACGGUCAAGGUGGAUUACCGCACCGAAGACGGUACUGCUAAUGCAGGCUCUGAUUAUGAGUUUGCUGAAGGAACGCUGCUGUUCAAGCCAGGAGAGACCCUAAAAGAGAUCACAGUGGGUGUGAUUGACGAUGACAUCUUUGAGGAAGAUGAGUACUUCUAUGUGCACCUCAGUAACCCUCGCGUGGUGGGUCAUCCUGAGGUGGGUGCCGCCCCUACCGAUGCAAGCACUACUCCCAAAGCCGUGCUCGGAGACAACCACACCGCCACGGUGACCAUCUAUGAUGAUGAUCAUGCAGGAAUCUUUACCUUCGAGGGUGAGAGUCAGCGGGUGAGUGAGAGUGUCGGUGUGAUGGAGGUGAAGGUGCUCAGGACUUCAGGGGCUCGGGGCCUUGUCGCUGUCCCCUACCGAACCCUGGACGGCACAGCCAAGGGAGGGGAGGACUAUGAACUGGCUGCUGGGAAGCUGGAGUUCCAAAAUGACGAGACCAUGAAAAUAAUCGAGGUGAAGAUUAUUGACGAUGAAGAGUAUGAGAAGAACAAGACCUUCACCAUUGAGCUGGGAGAACCCGUUCUGCUGGAAAUCGGACAGAAACACGGUGACUCCAACGAGAACAAGCCGGUGGUCGGGGCAGAGGAGGAGGAGGUGGCCAAGAUGGGCUGUCCCAGUCUGGGCGAACACAAGCAGCUGGAGGUCAUCAUUGAGGAGUCGUACGAGUUCAAGAAAGCUGUGAAUGAGCUUCUAAGCCGGACUAAAAAGAGUACAGUGGAUAAAUUGAUCAAGAAGACGAACCUGGCCUUGGUGGUUGGAAGCAGCAGCUGGAGGGAGCAGUUUGUCAGCGCUGUUACUGUUAGUGCAGGAGACGACGAUGAGGAGGAGAGCGGAGAGGAGCGACUGCCUUCUUGCUUUGACUACAUCAUGCACUUCCUCACCGUCUUCUGGAAGGUCCUGUUUGCCUUCGUUCCGCCUACGGAGUACUGGAACGGCUGGGCCUGCUUCAUCGUCUCCAUCUCGCUGAUCGGCGUGCUCACCGCGGUCACCGGCGACUUGGCGUCGCACUUCGGCUGCACGAUAGGACUGAAGGACUCGGUGACGGCCGUGGUGUUUGUGGCGCUGGGUACAUCGGUGCCAGACACCUUUGCCAGCAAAGUCGCCGCCAUCCAGGACCAAUACGCGGACGCCUCCAUCGGCAACGUGACUGGCUCCAACGCCGUCAACGUCUUCCUGGGGAUCGGCGUGGCGUGGACCAUCGCCGCCAUCGCCUGGCGCUCCAAGGGCAAGCCUUUCAAGGUGGACCCGGGAAACCUGGCCUUCUCCGUCACCCUCUUCACCAUCCUCGCCGUGGUGUGCGUCCUCACGCUGCUGUACCGGAGGCGGGCGAGCGUGGCCGGCGGCGAGCUGGGCGGGCCGCGGACUUGCAAGUUGAUAACGUCGCUGAUGUUCAUCUCGCUGUGGCUGAUUUACAUCCUGCUGGCUUCGCUGGAGGCCUACUGUCAUAUACAACCGUUUUAAGCCAAGAGACCCCAACACACACACAACAAAUAAGGGGGCGGAGUCACAUGGGGAGCUGAGCUGGACUGACACCUUUUUCGGGGGUAAAUCUUUGUCCGAAAUCGUUUUAUCUCCUUUUUAUCAGUUUGUGUCCUGACCCUAUAACGUCCACGAGGGGAGCCACAAAAAACAGUCAAAUUUCCCAGAAACUUUUGAGAUCCCAUUGCAGUGAAGAAGUCAGUCCAGGCUGAUUUUGUCCCAGUUUACUGCCAAACCAGCUGCUGAGAGAAUAAUAAUAAUAAUAAAAAAGAAGAAAUUUAAACGGUAGGAUGAUGCAAAAGACAGGAAAACGAAAGGGAGUCUGCAUGAUCAUCCCGGCUCCAGUAGAAACAGGAAAGAUCAGUGUGUCGUAACGCAGUUGCUACGGGAACCGAGGAUCCGCCUGUCAGAACCAACAGUGACUUUCCUGUGCUGGAGCUUCAGGUGAUCCCAACGACUUUCCAACCGUCCUGCGUUUCCUUCCACUCCUGGAGUCACUGUGCAAACUAGAUCCCACCUCGACCGGACCCUUCCCCAUCCUUCACUUAUUUUCUACUUUUUCUCAGUGGCGUCACGUGUUGAUGUUGUUACAGUGCAAAUGUGGAAGCAGCAACACAGAGAGACGUGUCUGUAACAGUGGUGAGGGAAGUCAAGACUGGAAAGAGACUUUAUUUCGGGACGAAUCCACCACCCCCCGUUUACAGCGAUAGACUCACCCGCCAAUAACCAUGAAGGACCAGUGGAGGAUCGGGGCCGACUGUGACCGUGACAACAACUGUGAAUGCGAGCAAAAACGCCACCAUACUCAGUGUUUCCAGCUGUACAUAAUAAUCUACGAGUCUUUUAUUGAUGUGCGUGAGAACUCAUCGGUAUUUCAUCCAUGUGAAGUCUUGUGUGGCAGCUCUGAAAAAAAAUGUUCUACAUCAUUUCGUUAAAUGACUAAAAGUUUCUGCUCCUCUUAGGUUUGAAAUGAAUCCAGAAGUUUCUUGUUUUACGGCUCGAUUGAAACCUUUCAAAGCUAAAUGAUGAUUUCCAGCAUCAUCUGAGCUUUUUUUAAAAUUUAUUUAUGUAAUAGUUGUAGUUCCAGGUGUGAAAGCUUUUCCUCCUGUUCACGGCUAAACGUGAAAAUCGUAACCCUAAAAUAUCCCUUCACGUUUAAAAAAAAAAAAAAACUUAGAUUCAGAAAGAUGAGACUGAUGAGUGCCGGUAAAAUGCUCUGCAGGAACACGGGAAAGGAAAUAUUCAAACUGCAGCUAAAUACUAAAAGCAGCUGCUAAAGGAGAUAAAGACUAAACUGCUAAAAACUUACAAAUCGAAGCUCAUUUAGAGAAGAAAGUCAGGUGCAGUUCCUCCUGGAACCACUAGAGGGCUGUUACACACGCCAAAACGUAUACUAUAAAUUUAAAUAUAUUUAUUUAAUAAAUCUUUUUUGCCAUAUGAGAUAAAUAAUAUGAAUAUUUAAGAUUGGUUAUUUUUUGUGCUGUUUGAUGUGUUCAGGAUCUUGUGAUUUAUAAAUCUUUAGCUUUAGGAGGACACUACUGGGCAUGCUCCAACCAAAGGCAAACAACCGGUUAUUUUAAGAGGUGGCCACUAGAGGGCUCGUUACGUAAGGAAACUAGAUUAAUUAAACGUCCAUACAUUUAUUUAGAGUGGGACAAUUUUUUUCAAGAAUUCCAUGGUUUUUAUAUUUAAGGUCAAAGUUCGUGCCUGUUUUCGGGAAGGCCUGCUGUUUGACUUUCGAGAGGUUUUUUUGUACAGAACAGAGCAUGCUCAGUUGAGGUCCUUCUUUGCCCCUCCCACGUCUGGAGGCGGUUUUUAACAUGACUUGCUGGUUGGCGUGACUUAAAACCUGCCGGGGAGGUGGGGAGGGGCCGGUUGGGUCAGCCUUUUUAUUUUAUUUUAUUUUUUAACUUCAGUCGCGAGUUUGUGAACGGGAAGAUGUCGCUGCAGGAGCACAAAAGCACCAGGACUGGCGUAGAAACGGCGAGGCUUUUGAGGCGGACGGCUUUGAAGGACGCCUGAACUUCUGCGCUCAGGAACUGGCAGAGGAAAGGGAGCCACAUUUUUGGGCUGUUGCUUGGCGACCGUGGUGUGCUGCAGCUCUGUGCAUCUGUCUCUUUUAACAUGUCAGAGUAGCUCUUCACUCAGUUUUGAAUGAGUUCAUCUCCUCUCUGUGCAUUUCUGUUAACCCCUCCCCCCUCAUUUGCAUGUCCUUCCAUUCUGUAUGUUUCUGUGCCUUUGUGUGUGCAUGUGUGUGCGUACCUGUCCAAUAAUGUCAGGUAUUUGACAGAUCAACCUGUCAGUCAGAGCAUCUCUCCGCUUGAGUGGUCAUCUGUGCAGAAACGUAGAGCGCCACCUGCUGACAUGAACUGCAGGAAUAUCUAUGUGCAGUCAUGCACAUGCAGAAAAAGAGCUAAUAUGAUCAAACACAACCAUUUCUGAUGAUUUUUUACUGGAAACUAAAGUUUAAAACACUAAAAAAAAAACCUUAACACCCGCCCUUCACUGGCUGAGCAGACGCCCCACACUUCCCCUCUGCUAGCCUGGUCAGCCAAAUCCCCAAAAUAAACAAUUUUUUCUUACUUUUCUGUUUGUUUUAUCUCCAUAGCAACCAUAUUAUUUUUUGGUCGCCUGGAAGUGACGAACACGUCGAUGUCAUUUUUAGAAGAAUCGACAAAAGUAAACUUUUGGAUUUCCUUAGCAACAGAAGUUUUCGUUAACCACACCCCCAUUCCUGAUAUGUUCAUACUGCUAUAUCGUUUUGUUCAACUUGACCCACUAAUUAGGAGUCAGAAGGGCAUAGAUCAAAAUCUUUAGAAGUUUAAAUUUGUGGCUGAUAUACCUAAAGUUGUUUUUUAUUUUUAGAAAAUUCAAGAUGGCGACCUCCUUCUGAGGUCAAAGGUCAACAAAUGGUUAUAGACUUGAACGACCCCCAUGUGUGUGAAUUCAAACUCACAAAACACCUUCUGGAAUUUGUGCGUCCGCUCCUUUGUUUUCUGCUCAUGCAAACCCUAAUAUGACAUCACAAAGUGCUUUUGAUAGGAAUUCAUUGUGUUUUAAUAUUAUUUCCUGUUGAUUUAUUUUUUUUAACUAUAUAAAAAAAAAGCCCUCGGAUGGUUGAACACCAACACCAGGAGCGCCGCUGUCCUUUCCAUGGGGUGUGUGCCGAUGCUUCACGUCCGUCCGUCCAUGAGUGUGUCGAUGCAUGAAUCUAAGUCAUUCUGAAAACAGUCUUGGUGUUGGAAAUGUCGUAGUAAAGUGAAAAGCAUUUUAAAAUGCCCAAACAUCAUAUGAAACCUUAUAUAGAUGUUUACAAAGACCAAACUUUUUUUCUCUCAAAAGUGAAAUAAAAAUAAUUUAAAAUUGUG